AUGUCGACGCGUCUGGGGUCAUCUGCGCUCUUCGCCCCGCACUCGUGCGAUGUGGUACGCCCACGACCCCCAGCCAACACCACGUACAUAGCUGACCUCGCGCAGCACCCCGGCGCAGACAGGCUCAAAAAGCGCACAUUCCAGUACCUCGCCUACCGCCAUGUGCCGACCACGACGUGGCUCGCGGGCGUCGUCGUCCCCAACGCGUCCUUCUGGUCCACUGAAAGCGGGCGCUGGAUGUGGUGCAUUGCCGACGCCGUCGCCGGGUCGCGGGUCAUGAAGCCCGAUGACGAGGUGGCUGCUAUCCCGGGGGAUGUGUUUCGGCGCAUGCAAGCGGGGGAGCGGAACGUGUACCGCCCAGCAUACAAGUUCAAGCUCUCAGAACUCACCAAGCGCAGGCAAGAGAUCUGGGCCUGGAAGCUGCGGUGGAACGACCCGCCGCCAACAGCCGAGAUGCGGCGCGUAGCGCACGAGUUUGCGAAUACAAGGGUACGCGUGAGCGAGCGCUUGCCGGCGCACGAGGCCGUGCUUGCAGGGGGCAAGAUCGUCGUCCCCCCCUCCGCGCCGAGCCUGCACGAGCACCGUGAGUGCGAUGCGAGCUUCGUUGCGGAGGUACGUCGCAGCUCGUCGGCGUCGGAGAGGCUCAGUACGCCCCAGCGCGCGUUACGCGCCAACGCGGAAUACGCGCGCCGGAGGAGCGAGAGCGCCGAGCCGUACUCUACGCGGUGA